UUGUCGGUGCCUGAGUAAUUAAUGGCGGCUUGCAGACGUUAUAAUGUUAGAAUCUGCGGAGCCUGAGUUGCCAUUGUCCUUAAAGCAAGAUGGCGGUCCCUACAAAACAGUAUGGGUUGAUCUUGCCCCAAAAAAAGGGAGUAUCAAAGAUCCUUGGCUUGCCGAAACCUUCAGUGUUUGGUGAUGACUCGGAUGAAGAGACCUCAGUUGGGGAAAGUUUGCAGAGGGAAGCUAUUAAGAAGAAGACGAUGAAGCAAACUCGUUUGGAGAUGCAGAAGGCCCUGGAACAGGACAGCACGGUUUAUGACUAUGACGGUGUUUAUGAUGACAUUCAAAAACAGAGGCUAGAGAAUCACAAAAAAAUUCUCGGAGGAGCUGAUAAGAAGCCAAAAUAUAUCCACCAGCUGAUGAAAGCGGUAGAUGAGCGAAAAAAAGAACAAGAACGAAGGGAGGAGAGGAAGAUUCAAAAGGAAAGGGAGGCAGAGGGGGAAAAGUUUGCAGACAAAGACGCUUAUGUUACCUCUGCUUAUAAGAAGAAACUACUGGAGCGACAGGAGGAGCUGGAAAGAGAAAAGAGAGAAGCAGAGAUCGAAGCUGCUUUGGAUGUGAAAAAGCAGAGGGACCUGAGUGGUUUCUACCGUCACCUGUUGAACCAGACAGUCGGAGAAGAGGCGAUUCCAGAUCGUUCAGCAGAACGAAGUGAAGCUUCAAAUGUUUCAAAAGACACAGAGAGGACUUCACCAGGCCCCUCAGCAAUGUCCCAUGAGAAUCUUCCUAGUUCGGGCAGUGAGGAUGAGGAGGGGGAGGCCCUGGAGCAGAAACCUGGAUUCAGCAAGCCCAGCGGAGGCUCCGCACACCUGAAGCGUCAGUACAGACAGAGAUCGCCGUCAUCGGGGAGUGAAGAAGAAAGAGAAAAAGACAAACAUAAGAAGAGCCACCGAGACCAUGAGAGGGAUAGAGACAGACAUAGGGGAAGAGAAAAGGACAGCAGACGGAGCGACAAGGACAGAAGGAAAGACAGAGAUAGGGAUCGUGGAAGAGACUAUGAGCACAGCAGAGGCAUGGGGGAGACAGACAGGCACAGCAAGAGGGAGAGAAGCCCCAAGGAAAGAGAGCGGGAUAAGAACGGGGACAGAGAGAAGAGGAGGCAUUCAGAGGAAGACAAGCGGAGGGAGAAAAAGCAGCAGCAGGAGGAGGAGAAGGAGCAUAAUAAGAACCCUGAGAGAGAGAAUACAUCAGAAACAGAGGAAAACAAUUCUGAAGAUAAAAAUGAAAAUACUAUGGAAAAAGCCGAUGAAUCAAAAAUUGAGGGUGAGAAAAAAGAGACAGAAGAGGAGAAGUGUAGCAAGUUUGCAAAGCGCAGUACAGAUCAGACUGUGACUUCAGCUCGGGAGAGGUACAUGGCCAGGCAGAUGGCUCGCUCCACAAGUAAGAGCUAUAUUGAGAAGGAAGAGGACUGAGAUUUUCUGCACAAAAAGAUAAAAAUGUUUGAAUCAUUAAACACAGAGAAAAACUGGAGUUUUCUGUCAUCAGUACCUCUAUAUUAUACUUUUCUACAAGAUUUAUCUGAAAUAAAACCCAUCAAAGAAUGGAUUAUAGUUGAAAUAAACAAGGAAGACCAGUUUUCUUCUUUGUUGCAGGCUGUCCUGAUGUACACUUAGAUUAGUCAGUUGUAUUGUGUUAACAACUAAAAAGGCAUCACACAUUGUCCAAAUUUGCCCAGUGCUUCAGCACUGAGGCUGAUUUCUUAAUAUUUUCAGAUUUCUAACAUUUGUGGUUUAAAGCUCUAGACCACUUCCUGUAUUUAUGCGUUGGGGAACCUAAAGUUGUAAAUCAGUAUCUUUGUUUAGACCUUAUUGUAUGAAUAUCUUUAUAAAUGCUGUGGUUUAAAGGCUCUUUCUGUAGAGUAAGGGACAUUUAAUAGCUUAAAAUGCCUGUAAGUUCUGCAACACAAUUUUCAUUAAAGCAUUGUUGGAUUUUCUUUUU